AUGUUGGAUCAGGAAGUGGGCAGAGCCUUCUCAAGACUACCGAACAGAGCUUAACGUCUACAGACGGCGUCUGUUUUACAUCGACCCGUCUUUCACCUCCUUUAUUUUCCGACCUCUAAAAUUCGUUUUACAUGCAGUACGACUUCCUAUCUGACCGAGGUAGGCCCCUGUCUUCGAAUCCGACCGUUGCUCAGCCCCAGCUAUGACUUCUCUCACGCAGAGAACCUCGGGCCUCGUCCAGCGGCGGACCGAGGCCAUUCGCAGCGCCGCCGCCGCCGAGAAGGAGAAGGACUCUGGCGGAGAGGAGGACGAGGCGCGCAGAGGAGAAGAAGAAGAGGACGAAAAGGGAGACUCGAAGGAAACCAGACUGACGCUAAUGGAAGAAGUCCUACUUCUGGGCCUCAAGGACCGAGAGGGCUACACGUCGUUCUGGAACGACUGUAUUUCUUCCGGCCUCCGCGGCUGCAUGCUGGUAGAACUUGCCCUCAGAGGAAGGAUACAGCUUGAGGCCUGCGGUGUGAGGAGGAAAAGCUUGCUGGCAAGAAAGGUUAUCUGCAAGUCGGAUGCUCCAACAGGAGAUGUGCUGCUGGAUGAGGCCUUGAAGCAUAUUAAAGAAACUCAGCCUCCAGAGACGGUGCAGAGCUGGAUCGAGCUCCUCAGCGGAGAGACCUGGAAUCCCCUGAAGCUCCACUACCAGCUCCGAAACGUUAGAGAACGCCUGGCUAAGAACUUGGUGGAGAAAGGUGUCCUCACCACAGAGAAACAGAACUUCCUGCUCUUUGAUAUGACCACACAUCCACUCACCAACAGCACCAUUAAGCAGCGCCUUGUCAAGAAGGUCCAGGAUUCGGUUCUGGAGAAAUGGGUCAACGAUCCUCAUCGCAUGGACAAGCGGGUGCUCUCCCUGAUUCUUCUGGCUCACUCAUCCGACGUUCUGGAGAAUGCCUUCGCCCCUCUCCAGGAUGACCAGUAUGACCUAGGCAUGAAGAGGGUCCACACCCUGCUGGAGCUGGAGCCUGAGAAAGAGAGCCUAAAGCCCAACGCCAAUGAACUCAUGUGGGCUGUGGUCGCUGCGUUUACUAAAUGAAAACACCGAAAUGGUCGGGACUGGAAAGAUCUGGCUGUGGGCUGGCUUAUUUAAUUGGUUGAAGGACUUAUUGAGACAGACUUCAAGUAAAUAAGACAAUCUAUUCUGGUUGAGGAGCCUGUUUAUACAUCUAUUCUGGAUGACGUUUUUUUUGGUGGUAGUCCAUAUUAACAAUUUGCAGUCUUAUUGGUGGUGGGCUUCACCAAGUAACUGUUGAUUGGAUGGAAGAGUGUCUGAAUGGAAAACAACAGGCUGCUUUCACAGAGAUGAGGUAAGUGAUACGCCACCGUGGACUGUGGAUCUUUUCGAAAACAUCAACACUACGAGCGGACGAUCCUCUGCUUGCACAGGAUGACACCGGAGAGCAGAACAGGUAGCCAUUGUAGUCCUGAUGAAUUGGAAGAAACUGACCAGGGUGAAGUUUCUCAUCAAAUAGAGAAAAUAAAACAUCAUCUACAUUGCUUCAAGACCUCUCCACGGUCUGCAAACUAUUCUCCUUGUGCCCCACCGUGCUAAUUAAAGGAUUAAAAGAUGGCAAAUCCCAUGGCUUUAGAUGCUCUUUGCACUCUCGUAACUCUCCCACCUCCACCAGCUCAUUCCCACUGUGUUGGGGAGAAAUUGCUUACCGUUACUGUUAGAACAGACUACCUGAAUGUUUUACAGAUCUCACAUUGUUUUGUCCUUCAAAGCUUUUUGAUUUUCCUUCCUUCUUUCUCAUUUGUUCCUGAGGAAGAACAGAAGGACAAAAACUCCCAUAAUUCAGUCCUUCCACUUUUGACGGCAAGCUGGCUCAUUUGACCCAUUAAACUUAAAUGAAGAAUUUAUCCUCAACUGUAUUUAAAUAGAAAAACAAAUUAUUUGUUGGUUUUUCCUUUUUGCCAAGGGUCCAUUUUAUGUUUAUAGAACAUGGCAAGUCUCACCAUUGCUGUUUAUGUUGCUAGCUAAUGCCUGAAUUAGCCUUUCAUUUAUCACCUAUUACGCUCAGUCUUUUACCUUGUUGGCUGGAUUGUGUUUCUAGGUAUUUUACAGGGUUGCAUAAAAAAUAAAAACUAUGAACUUUAAGAGAAAAGAAUAAAUAAAAGCUCCAUAUGUAUGAGCUUCUGCUUUCCCUUUUGAGUGUGAAAUAACACUUUAAAGUUGUGGGCAGAAACUAAUCUCAGAUUGGGGUCUCCCAUGGUAUGAAAUGCGUGGAUGGCUACAGAAAUAGGCUAGGAAUCUUUCUGCAGGACCGUUUUGUUUCGAUGUAGUCUCAUGUCACUUUUUUUCCCACUGAAUACUGGUGUGUUUACACACUUGGAGAUGUAAGAGUCUUGUUCAUGUGGAGCAACUGUUCAAAUCAGCUUGGAAAUUUUCAGCGGUCUCAUCUCCCACUUGGCUGAUCCACAAUCUCGACUAAACCGUUUUCUGCCUCGCAAAGGAAAUCACGUCGGAAAAUACAGUAAAACCGUAAAAAAGUAUAUUUUUUAUUUAGAUGGUGGCUUCUAAAGGCUCCAUCUAUCAUCUUGCUUUUUUUUAUACAUCUAGUCAUAAAUCACAGAGAUUUUGUAAAGAGAAACAAACAGCAUUGUUUUAUUUUUCCUUAAAAGUAGGCGGAGGGGUUAUUUGAGCCUAAAUCAAUCCAGAUGAAUAAAAAAUGCAGUUGACUGGAACAAAACUAACACAAUUCAGAGCCAGUCAGCUUAAACCUUUUUAUUUUUACAAUCAAAUACGUGAUUACACAUAAUUCAGUUCUAGUAGAUGUAAUCUUUGUAUAAUAUGAGAUUUGUUUUUUGUUUGAUGGCAUAAACAUUUUCUUUCUGUUUGGUUUUAAUUUCUUCAUGCAAAAUACGGAGGGGUGUGAAGAACUGUUCCAAUGCGUUUACAGCAGAGACCAUGCAUGCUAUCGGUGGAGGGGCCGGGUUACUUAACGGAUGUAGCUACAGAGAACAGGCUUGUAUGUAACUAUUUGUCCUUUUAAGUGUACGAUCUAAUGGAAUUUAAUGAAAGGGAUCUAAUCUAUCCUCUAUAAUUCUGUAUGCUUUUUUUGUAUUACCACAGAAAAUAAAGUAAGGAUCCUUUAAGUGCCUGAAUUCA